CAUCUCUGCUUUUCGGUUUGUUUGCUCAUUUUUGUACAAUUUUUUUAAUCAUGUCCAAUAGAAAUUUAACCGAACUUUACUUUUUGCUUCGUAACAAUUUUCUAUACAGUAAAAAUGUGUAUUCUGAUGAAGGUAACAUUGCUGCCAACAAUGACUAUUCGCUACCAUCAGACGUCGCCAGGUUUUAGAAGAAUUGAGAUGCACUCUCAUACUCAAUUGAAUCAAAUAAGUAGGAACGACCAAAAACUAUGAGUACAGAUAAUGUUGCGUUAUUAGACAUAAGUACGAGAAAAAGUGUCCAAUUGACCAACCAACCGAAUUGGAUUGGAAAAUAUGAGGAAAUACAGUUUCUCAUUUCAAAAAUUGAAACUCGAAUAGAAGAUCUGCUUCGCAUUCAUGAUACAAAAGUAAGGUCGGUGCUAAAUGAAGAUCCUGAAAACGAACUGAAGGUACAUGAAUGUGGUAAAGAAAUUUCAAAAUUAAUUUCAAAUUGCCACGGUCACAUAAAAUCGAUGAGUUCGUCGUCCAGAAGUUUCAACCGUCUUGAAUGUACCUUACUGCUAAAUGUAGAGAAAAAUUUGCUUACAUCUUUGCAGCAUGUAACGAAACGAUUUCGACAAAGUCACACAGCUUACAUCAAUGAGCAGAACAAUACGCAACAAAAAUCGAAAGCUAUUUUCCAAAAUAUUUCAACGAAUGUUGAGUCCGUAAAUUCUGUAGAUACCUUUGACAACUUUCUGAAUUUGAAUGUUCCUGGAAAUGAAUAUGAUGAUAAUGAUGAUGAUAAACUUGAUCAAUAUUUUCAAUUACCUGCGUCAGGAAAGAGUAUUAAUCAGAAACAACUUAUGAUGAUAGAAGCAGAUAAUACAAAAAGCAUUCAAAAUCGGGAACAGGAAGUGGCAAGAAUUGUUAACUCUAUAGAGGAUUUGAAUACGGUAUUCAAAGAUCUUUCUCAGUUGGUUCAAGAACAAGGCACAAUCGUUGACAGGAUCGAUUUUAACAUAGAGUCUACUCAGACUAGAGUGCUUGAAGGUUACAAACAAUUACAAAAAGCUGAAAAUUACCAGCGAAAAAACAAAAAAAUCUACUGCAUACUUAUGUUGGCAAGUAUGAUAAUGUUCAUGAUAGUUCUUACGAUAUUUACAAAAUUUUAAAUUAUUGAUUAAAUAAUGCUAUGCGUAA